AUGGGCGACAAAGCGGCCACCAGAGUCUUCAAGAAGACCAGCCCAAACUGCAAGCUCAGCGUGUAUCUGGGCAAGCGUGACUUCAUCGACCACUUGGAUCACGUGGACGCCGUCGAUGGCGUGGUCCUCGUGGAUCCCGAGUAUGUACAGGAUCGCAAAGUCUUUGCGAGUCUGGCGUGCGUGUUUCGUUACGGUCGGGAGGACGUGGACGUCCUGGGCCUCUCCUUUCGGAAGGAUCUUCACGUCCACACUUUGCAGGCCUAUCCUCCCAUCCUGGAUCCUAAGCCGUUGAGUUCCUUGCAGGAGAAGCUGCUGCGCAAGCUAGGCCCAAACGCUCACCCUUUCCGCUUCACCAUCCCGGAGAACCUGCCGUGCUCAGUUACCUUGCAACCCGGACCUGAGGAGACCGGCAAGGCAUGCGGCGUCGACUACGAGCUAUUGGCCUACUACGCCAAGACAGCAACUGAAAAACUCCAACCGAGGAACUCUGUGCAGCUGGUGAUCCGAAAGGUGCAAUACGCCCCGGAGAAGAAAGGCCCUCAACCCAUCGCGGAGUGCAGCCGCAGCUUCCUGAUGUCUGAGCGACCGUUACAACUCGAAGCGUCGUUGGACAAAGAGUUGUACUAUCAUGGCGAGCCCAUCAACGUCAAUGUGCACAUUUCCAACAACUCCAGCAAGACUGUCAGGAAGGUGAAAAUUGCAGUGCGCCAGUACGCCGACAUUUGUUUAUUCUCCAAGGCUCAGUACAAAUGUCCCGUGGCCCAGCUGGAAUCUGACGAGCAGGUGUGCGCAAGCUCCACCUUCUGCCAGGUGUACACGCUGACUCCUAGCAUGGGCGCCAAUCGCCUGAAGAGAGGCCUGGCGCUGGAUGGCAAGCUAAAACACCAAGACACCAAUCUGGCUUCCAGCACCAUAAUGAAAGAGGAUUGCAACAAGGAGACGUUGGGCAUCGUGGUGUCCUACAGAGUCAAAGUGAAACUGGUUGUUUCUCGCGGGGGAGAUAUCUCAUUGGAGCUUCCUUUUGUUCUAAUGCAUCCGAAACCCAGCGACCCGCAACCAGCGGCUCUACCGGUUGACGAAGCCGCGGCGGCAGAGCCCGCCGACCUCGUCACUUUUGACAGCGGUUCGUCACCUCCUUCAUCUUUGUGCAGGGCUUCAUGUCAAGCCGACGAACUGGUGUUUCAAGACUUUAGUCGUCUGCGUUUAACCGGGGACGACGGUGACCCUCUCUUUUAG